GGAAGGAGUAAUAUUUAUUGACGAGUGGUUGGGGCAAGGCCAUUGAAAGUUGAAACCAUAUUGGGUUGGUGUUGGCGCAUGUUUAUUCCUGGCAGUUAGCGGGGGAUUCGAGCAAGAAUGGUUGAUAUUCAUGGUGAUUGGGUUAAGUUUGAUCAGAAAGGUGCUGGUCCUGGCGCAAGGAGUUCACAUGCGAUAGCCAUAGUUGGAACAAAAUUAUAUUCCUUUGGUGGUGAAUUUACGCCACGAGUCCCUGUAGAUAACAAACUCUAUGUGUUCAAUCUUGAGAAUCAGUCAUGGUCUAUCAAUGAGGCUAUAGGGGAUUGCCCUCCUCCUCGUGUUGGUGUCACGAUGGCUGCUGUGAAUGAUGUUAUCUAUGUCUUUGGUGGUAGGGAUGCUGAACAUAAGGAGCUGAAUGAGCUCUACUCCUUUGACACAACAACUAACAAAUGGGCCCUUCUUUCUAGUGGGGAAACUGGCCCACCUCACCGAAGUUACCAUUCAACUGCAGCAGAUGAUCGCAAUGUGUACAUCUUUGGUGGCUGCGGUUUCUUUGGCCGACUAAAUGAUCUUUGGGCAUUUGAUACUAUUCAUCGGAUAUGGAUACAGUUCCCACUUCCUGGUGAGAAUUGCAAAGGAAGAGGUGGGCCUGGGCUUGCUGUUGUGCAAGAUAAAGUCUGGGUUGUUUAUGGGUUCGCUGGAAAAGAGGUGGAUGAUGUCCAUUGCUUUGAUCUUAUAAAAAAGAAAUGGACAGAGGUUGAAACAACAGGUGAAAAACCGACAGCAAGAAGUGUAUUUUCGGCCACUGUAGUUGGUAAGUUUAUUAUUGUCUAUGGUGGGGAGAUUGACCCCAGUGAUCUGGGUCAUUUAGGUGCUGGUAAAUUCUCUGGUGAAACCUAUGCUUUGGACACUCAAACAUUGGUAUGGAAGAAAUUGGAAGAUGGGGCCAAUUCAGCUGAUCAUCCUGGUCCUCGGGGUUGGUGUGCUUUUGCGAGUGGAGAGUGCAAUGGGAAACCUGGUUUGUUGGUGUAUGGUGGCAAUUCGCCUAGCAAUGAUCGACUUGACGAUAUUUUCUUUUUCACACCAGUUGUAAGCAUCGGGUAAGGGUGGAGUAAGGUGUAAAUAUUUUCAUUUGUGGGCUGAAUUUGGUGUACUGAAAUGGAUAUUAUGUGGAUUGUUUAUAUGUAGAUUGAGAUUUGCAGGCAAUGGCAUGGAGAGUGCACAUGUAUCUUGUGUCAUUAUUUGAAUAAAAGUGUGUUUAGUGUCUAAGAACUUGACAUCGUUGUUGAUGUGAAUAAAAGUGAAGAUGAUCGUGAUUGUGAACACCUAUGA